GUGCGGCCACGAACUUCCGGCUGCUGCCCAGCGGCGCGGGGAGCUGGUGGGCGGUGGCGCAUGGGCGCAUGGUGUUCCUGCUGGUUCCCCCCAGCGAGUCCUCCGUGGCGCUCUUUGCCUCCUGGAUCUCCAGCGGCGCACGCGACCGGGGUCUGCCGCUGCUGGAGCCCUGGCUGCAGCCGCCGCCUCGCACCAGCCCGCACCGAGCACACACCAGCCCACCACCACCACCACCACCACCACAGCAGCAGCAGCAGCACCCGCAGCAGCACCCCGGGCACCCGCCACCACCCGUCGUAGCGCCAGGCCAAGAGCAUGCCGUGUCCCCGCCCGCACCUGCACCCGUAUCGGCAGGUGGGGCAGGACCGGGUGUGUUCCAGUAUCCAGCAGCUGCAGUCGCUGCAGGUGGUGGUGGGGCGGGUGCGGGUGCUGCUGCUGCUACUGGCCCUACCGCUUCGUCCUCGCCGCGGGGGCUACAACCCGCCCAGCCCCCACAGCCACCCCAGCAGCCACUGAAUGCACACCGGCCGCCCGACGCCCUGGCCUCCUCUGGUCCCGGUCCCCCGGUAGGCCCACUUCCACCACCCACAUCCGCAACCCCACACCCGCACCCGCCGCCCCCCUCCUUCGCGCUGCCGCCGCCGCCACCUCCCCCACCGCCUUCGCCCUCGCCGGGUCUGCCCCGCGUGAUACGGCUGGAGGUGGCAGCGGGGGAGAUGGCGGUGCUGCCCGCGGGCUGGCCGUUUGCGGUGGUUGCAGCGGCGGACAGCGCAGCGGUGUGCGGGCAGCUGCUGAGCUGCCACGGGCUGUGCGCGGCGCUGCGCAGCUGGGAGGUGGAGGAGCUGCUGGGGGUGAAGCAGCGGGCGCGGUUCCCGCUGUUCAAGCAUGUGAUGUGGCAUGCGGCGCUGUCGUACGGGCGGACGCUGAGGGCGGCGGCAGGCCUGCCGCUGCUCAAGCGGCAGCGGGCAGCCAACUCCCGCGACCGAGGCGGCAUCACGGGCGGCCCGGCAGCCACCAUGACCACCUCCCACAACGCCUACGGAGGGGCAGGGGUGGGGCUCUCCUUCGGCGGACCUGCGGGCGGAGCCGCGCGGAGGCUGCCCCAACCGCAGCCGCAGGACAGCAUCAACAACGGCCCCGCGCUCAGCGGCCAGGGAACGGCCGCCGCGGCGGUAGCGGCGGCUGCGGCGGCGGCGCCGGGUCUGAGCGGUCGUGGCGGCGGCAGGGCCGCGAUCCCCGGCGGCGCGGCGGCGGCACCAGCAGGGCCCAGCAGGAGCGGCGCCGGCGCUGGUGCCGGCGGUGGUGGGGUGCUGGUCACCGGUCGGAAGCGCACAUUUGAAGACCAGCAUGCGAGCUCAGCGCGACGGCCAAGCGGAGGAGGAGUCGCAGCCGCCACCACCGCUACAGGAGGCGGCAACGCCCCGCCCGCUCGUAGCUCCGGUGGGGCGGCUCGCGGCGCCUCCCCGCAAUCUCCUCCGCCCGCUGCUAGCGGCGGCGGCGGCAAGCGGCUGCGAGGGGCGGCAGGAGCGGCCAUCCGCAUGUUUAAUGAGCUGGCAGAGGAGGAGGAGGACGACCUUGCAACCGCGACAUCCCCGGGGGAGCGCCUAGGUGGUAGACACCGCGGCGGCGGCGCAGGAGCAGCAGCGGCGGCUGUGUUCCCGGGCGCCGCCGCCGCCGCUGCAGCAGUGGGCUCCUCCCGUCGGCUGCCGCCCCGGGCGGCUUCGCAGCGGCUGGCGCGGCACCGGGGGGCUGACACGGAGGCUCAUGAUGAUGCUGAGGAGGGCUAUGAGGCGGAGGAGGGGGGGCGGCGGAACAGGCCGCAGCGGCGGGCAGCGGCGCAAGGCCGCAACUGGCAGCAAUUGCUGGCGGAGGCGGAGGACGAGGCGGCGGAGGGCGGCGGCGAACGAGGCGAUGACGUGAGUCCUAUGGCGGAGGGAGCUGGCUCCGGCGACGCAGCGUCGCCGCGCCAGGCACGUCGCGACGGCGGCGGCGGCGGACCGCGCGGUCGCGGCGGCCGCCGCCGCCGUGCCGACUCGGACGACGUCGACUACGAGUGCGAAGGCAGCGAGGGUGAGUCGUACGGCAGUGACGGCGCGCUGCCGGAGACGCCCCGUGGCGCAGUGGACAUGAGCGACGGCGGCAGCGAGGGCAGCACGCCUGCCGUACCAGUUGGCGGCGGCGGCGGAAGCCGUAGACGUGACCGUAAGGCCCGUGCGAAUCGGGGCAAGGGAGCUAAUCCACAGGGGCGGACGGGGGCACGCAGGGGCGCGCGCCGGGCCUCUCCGUCCUUGGAUUUCGGCGUGGUCAGCAGCCGCCUAGCCGCUGCUGCACCGGCGGCGGCGGAGAACUGGGACAUCUCGCCUGACAACGAACGGGAGGAGCUUGGCCAGCAAAAUCAUGCUGACGUACAGCGGCGGCCUCGGCGCCGUACGGCAGGGCAGAUCCUCCGCGACGGUCUGGGGCUGUCCGAUGACGGCGGCGGCGGCGCUGGCGGCGGCAGAGGCCGGCGGUCGACGCGGCGUCGUUCCCGUGUGUACGACGACACAGACGAUGACAUGUUUGCGGACGACGCCAUGAGCGGCGGCAGCCACGGUGGUGGGGCUGUGGCGGCAGGCCGCCGCCGCGGCAGCGGCGGCGGUGACGGCGGCGGCGGUAGCACAGGCAGCGCCGGCAGCGGCCACGGCCAGUCGCAUGGAGGGCAAGCAGCCUUAGGUGUCGGAGCGGAGCAGCAUUUGGAGGACUCGUCGUCCUCCGGAGGGGCGGACCGGCGGCAGUUGGGUCAGCAGCGGCGCAGGCUGCAGCAGCGUCAGGGGCAGCAGGCAGCGGACGUGGCGGGACGGGCUGACGGCAGUACAGACGGGUCUGACGGUGGCAAUGGCGGUGGUGGUGAUGGUGGUGCACGUCGCAGAGCACCGGGCUCCACGCCCCGGCGGCGCUUGCGGCUGGGCCCUCGGAGAGCUGUGCUUGAGGAUGAAGCGACUGAUGAGGGCGCACAACAGGCGGCGGCGGGGUUAGCACGCACGGGCCCGCAUGCCGCCGCAACGGCGGCGGCGGUGCCGAUGAAGAUCAAGCUGCCGUUGCAUGGUCGCGGCCCGACGGCGGCGGCGCCGCCUCCGCCGCCACCUCGGCAGGAGCUCGAGACUUCUGCCUUGCCGCCGCUGCCAUCGCCACUCGGGCUGCUGCACGGCAGCGGCACCCGCGCGCCGCAUGCUGAGCCGGCCCACGGCCCCGCAGUCGCGGCCGGCGGCACGGGCGCCGGCGGUGAUGGCGGGCCCGGGGGUGCAGCCGGCGGUGCAGUGCCGGAGCCGGGUGCGGCGGCGUUGACGAAGGUGCGGUUGAAGCUCCCGGGGGGGCACGGCACGGGGGGGCCGGCGGGAGGGGCGCCUGCUGCGGGCUCCUUGCCACAACCUUCCCCUGCCACAACCGCCGCAACCGCUGCUGCGCAUGGCAUGCCAGAUGCCAUGGCCGGUGCUGACGGCUGCGGCGGCGACGGCGGGAAUGCCGGCGGCAACAUGGGCGGUCGCAUUCCCCAGAUGGACGGUGCAGCCGACGUAGAAGAGGACGACGAUUAUGACGACUUUGGGGACGAUGCGACAGCCGCCGCUGCCGUCGCCGCUGCUCCCCAUGCGGCUGCUCCCCAGCAUCCGCUGCUCCUGCUGCCGCAUCACAUGAACCCCUGCUUCACAGCCUUGCAUGCGUUGACGGCAAACGGAGUCCCCCAUGCGGGCGCAACAGCACCACCUCCCCACCCAGCCUUGGUGACCCCAGGCGCCGCAGAGGCCAUGGAGGUUGAUUCGCCGCAGGGGGCGCUGGUGGCGGCCCACGACGCUUCUGCAGCAGCUGCAGCGGCCCCGUUGCUGCACCACCCGCCUUGCCUCCCAGCUGCGGCUCAGCGAGCAGCAGCGCAUCCGCUGCAAGGACAACUACAGCACCACCAACAGGCGCCGUCGUUGCAGCAGCAGCAACAUCAUGAGCAUCCGUCUCCGCUUGCUCAGCUCUUAUUGCCGCAAGGGCUGCUGCCGGUGGCUCCUCAGAUGCCCCCCGGCCAUCUGAGUAUCCUCCGAACACUGCCCUCCAGCGGCGGGGGGGACUCGCUUUCCUCGCCCGUCCAGCCCUUGCAACUGCCGCCGCAGCACCAUCAAACAACUACCAGAGCCGGAGGACUGAACGAACCCCACGUCUUCACAGCGCCGCCGCCUCCGCACCGCCACCACGUAUCCGGGGCGCUCGCGAGCCCCGGUGCUACCUCGCCGAUCGCCGCAGCCACGCCAAUGCUCGCGGCAAGUACUGCGCCAACGGCAGCGGAAACGCCAGCAGCAGCAGCAGCGUCCGAAGUGCCGGCUGCUACAUCGCCGCCUGCUGCUGCCCAUGCUGUUGUGAACACCCCAGGUGUUGUUCCUCUAGGCAUGGGCGCCGCCGCCGCCACCGCUGCCGGCACGCCCCUUCCAACGCUGCUUCCCCCUUCUCACGCAGCCGCUCCCGUCGUCGGCCUACUUCACGCUUCUCACCCGCCAUCCCUCGUCGCCUCCGCCGCCAGCCCAACGGGAGCAGCUCCCAGCGCCACCUUCCCGCCACCCACCGCAACGCCGCCUGCACUCCCCUCAGCUGCUGCCGCCGCCGCUGCCGGCCCCUCCACAAGCACCGCCCUCGCCAAGCCACACCCCUCGCACACCCCCGCCUCCGCCGCCGCCGCCUCCCUGGCUCGUCUGUCCGCAUGGGAAUUGCGGGACGUGCCGCUGCUGGUGGCGGCGCUGCGUCGAGGCCUGACGGAGAGCCCCUUCCAUGACGACGUGCCGUACACCAUACGAGAUCCGGAGCAUGUUUUGGAGCAGUUGGAGGAGGCGUUGGUGGUGUUGGGUCACCCCGCGUAUGCCGCACCAGCGGCGCUACCAGCGACUGCGGGCGCCGCCGCUACAGCGGCGACUGCGGGUCUGCAUGGCGGCGGCGCCGCAACCGCCACCGACGGCGCCGCUGUUGGCCAUGCAGCCGCACCUGAAGCUGUCGCCGGCGGUACGUUGCCCGGCGGCGCCAGGGGUUCCAUGCCGGUGUCGACGGGUGGUGCUCCGCUGCCGCCAGCAGCAGCAGCGCCGCCCACUCCCCCCGCAGCAGCUGCGGCGGCAAGCAGCCUGGCCAGCGGCACCGGCGGCUCGCUCAUGGGCCCGCCGCCGCCUACCGCCGCCGGUGCUGCGUCGUCUCGCGGCCUCGGGGGCAACCCCGCAGCGGCAGUCGGCAGGACACCUCCACCAUCUUCCAUGCCGCCGCUGCCGCCGCCGCCGCCUCACGCACAGCUUCCCGCCGUGCAGGCUCAGCUGUUGCACGCGUUGCAGGCCCUGCCGCCGCCGCCUCCCGUCUUCACGGUUCGCUUCGCAACGGACGCGGAGCUCCCUCCUGCCUGGCGGCGCUUACGUGACCGUCUGGCGGCGCAGCGGGCGCAUUCUCCAGGUCCUGGCAGCACGGCGGUGGGAACCACUCGAGACGGGGAUACGGCGGAGCAGACUGCGGAGACGGACCCGGCCAAUGCAAGUGUGGGAGUGGGGGCGGUGCAUGCGGUUGUGGGGUCGGGGAUGCACCCCCCCAGAAGCACUGGGCGGGCACCAGGGCGGCUGAGUAAGAAGGUUGCGAAGUUGAAGAAGGGGCUGGGGCUGUGAUCGUGAUGUGGGAGGAGGCGUUGGUAGCGUUCAGUGGUGGUAGCUGGCUGGCCAGGAAGAGCGACACGAGCACCAGGAUUGGGGCUGAAAGGGUUGUGGAGGCGUUGCUUGUGUGGUUAUGUGGAAUACUGGAUUGAUGAGGUUGGAAAGGAGGUCGAGAGCUCAAUGGUUUCGUUGCAGGCAAACAAAUGUAUAUCUGACAGAUGGUCGCUUGGUUGCAUGCAUGUCAGAUAAGAGAUAUAGGGUGUUAGCUAAUAGGUACAACGUAUGCCAUGUAAACUGGUUAGAAAUAUAGUUGAUCAGGCAACUGCAGGAACUGUUCACUGUGUGCUGUGGACCGCUGCGCUUCUUAUCUGCCGUCUGACCUGACCCCAUUGCUGUGAGGCAUACGCCAUACCGUAGCUGUGUGCGUGCCGCGCGUAGGCAUGCUCCUGCCAUCUGGUAUUAAGGCAACUCGAGCUAUGAGGCAAUUGAGCGGAAAGGCCG